GGAGGAACCAAAUAUCCAGGAGGUCACGGGAUGUCCGCCUAUAAAUACGACCCUAACCCUCCUACUUUUUCUAUCACCAUUUCAGAUCCUUAACUUGCUCUGUUCCGAGCGAAACGACAAAACAUUCCCUACAUUUUCAUCAGAAUCCGAUACGAAUACGAUGUGCCCGACGGGAACGGUCACCGCCUUUCGCGGCGAAAGCUCGAAGCCGUCGACUCUACGGUCGGCGUUCGAGGUGCUGGACAUGGACCGCGACGGCAAGAUCAGCCACGACGACCUCCUCACGUUCUACGCCGACUUCUCCGCCAUCCGUCCGACGGGGGAGGACGAUCUGGUCGGGACAAUGAUGUCCGUUGCUGAUUUGAACCAGGACGGGUUCGUGGAGUACGAGGAAUUCGAGAAGGUCGUGGUCGGUUCCGGGAACGGCCGGGCGAUGAAGAAUGACGUCAUGGAGGAUGUGUUCAGAGCGAUGGAUAGGGACGGGGACGGUAUUGUUGGGCUGCAAGACCUCGAGAGUUACCUGAAAUGGGCCGGCCUGCCUGCUGAUGAUGAAGAUCUCAGGGCCAUGAUCAAAUUGGGCGGUGGUGAUGAUAGUAAUGGUAGUGGUGGUGUAACCUUCCAAGGUUUUUGCAACAUUUUGUCUCUCUGAUUUGUGAAGCCAAUAUUGAAUAAAGUUGUAGAUUUUUUUGAAUAUUUUAGUAUAGCUUUGAGCCUGAGUUGGUCCCUCUUUCAUCAUGUUUUUCUUUAAGGAGAAUUUGACUUUGAUCCCAUAUUUUAGGUGAUAUUGGACUUUGAUCCCAUUUGUGUUGCAAAUUCAAAUGAUUUUAUAGUGUUUUGAGGUGCAUAGUCCUUCACAAUUUGAGUUUGCAACACUUUUCAUCAUAUUACCAUAAACCAACUUCUUCCGUCUUGUACAAACGUUCUCACUCAAUUUACAAUGUUUUGAUUGGACUUUUUCC